UGUUCGGCGCCUGCAAAGUAAUCUUCAAGCGUUGUCUCCACUGCUAGUGCUAUGGGCAGCCGCUAGUGGGCGCCAGCUGCAAAUCUUCCAAAGCGUCAAUUGCAACCUUAAAUAAAUAUAAACAUGUUUAGCCUGAAUCCACCAACUUAUGCGCUGCGUGAUGGCCACAAUCUCAGCCUGGCUGAGAGCGUGCCAGCGGAGAUUAUGCACAUGGUGGAUCCGUACUGGUAUCAGUGGCCGCCAUUGGAGCCCAUGUGGUUUGGCAUCAUAGGCUUCGUCAUAGCUGUGCUGGGCAUGAUGUCGCUCUCUGGCAACUUCAUUGUCAUGUACGUCUUUACCUCAUCCAAGUCGCUGCGUACACCCUCGAACAUGUUUGUCGUCAAUCUGGCCUUCUCGGACUUUAUGAUGAUGUUCACCAUGUUUCCGCCUGUGGUGCUAAACGGCUUCUAUGGCACUUGGAUUAUGGGUCCGUUUCUCUGCGAGAUUUACGGCAUGUGCGGCUCGCUCUUUGGCUGCGUGUCCAUCUGGUCCAUGACGCUGAUUGCCUAUGAUCGCUACUGCGUCAUUGUCAAGGGCAUGGCGCGCAAGCCGCUGACAGCCACCGCCGCUGUGCUGCGUCUCCUGGUCGUUUGGCUCAUCUGCGGCACUUGGGCGCUGCUGCCGCUGUUUGGCUGGAAUCGUUAUGUGCCCGAGGGCAAUAUGACUGCCUGUGGCACGGACUACUUUGCCAAGGACUGGUUCAAUCGCAGCUACAUCAUAGUCUACUCGCUGUGGGUCUAUCUGACGCCGCUGCUGACCAUCAUCUUCUCCUACUAUCACAUACUUAAGGCUGUGGCGGCGCAUGAGAAGGCUAUGCGUGAGCAGGCCAAGAAGAUGAAUGUCACCUCGCUGCGCAACAGCGAGGCAGACAAGAGUAAGGCCAUUGAAAUCAAGCUGGCCAAGGUGGCGCUGACUACCAUUUCGCUUUGGUUCUUCGCCUGGACGCCCUACACAAUCAUCAAUUACGCGGGUAUCUUUGAGUCCAUGCACCUGUCGCCGCUUGCCACCAUUUGUGGCUCGGUGUUUGCCAAAGCGAAUGCGGUUUGCAAUCCCAUUGUUUACGGCUUAAGCCAUCCCAAGUACAAGCAGGUGCUGAAGGAGAAAAUGCCUUGUCUGGCCUGUGGCAAGGACGACUUUGGCGCCGAUACCAGAACGCAAGCCACCACAGAGAUUAGCGAGUCACAGGCUUAAGCCAAAUGCAAUACGACGACUGCAGUUGACGAAGACGACGACGACGCUAGAACUUUUGCAUAAAAAACUGAAAAAAACAAUCAAAAAAAG